UAACAAUGGUGACGGACGUGCAGCUGGCCAUAUUUGCCAACAUGCUUGGCGUGUCACUGUUCCUGCUGGUUGUGUUGUAUCACUACGUUGCUGUCAAUAACCCCAAGAAACAGGAGUAGAAUCCCCACCAAUAUGAUUGGAGAGGUGAGAUGGGACUCACUGCCACCACCAUGGAAACAACAUUCCCCACUUCCAGUCCCAAGAGAUGAAUUUCUUUGUUAUAUUGCACACUAGUGUUUUUUCUAAUAAAAAUAUGUGAAUGCCG